CUUCGACCUGACCCUGCCAGAGGCGCCCCUGGCGUGCAUGCUGAGAGUCCACGGCCCGCGCCCCGGCACGCCACGGACCCCAUCGGGGGCGCCCAGGGGGGCGCCGAGCCCUGCGCUCUGCCGCUCCGCCGUGCACGCGGGGACACGCCGUGCCGCGCUGCUCUCCCUGCUGCGCCAGGCAGAGCUGCCCGUGCCGUGCUGCGCUGCUCCGCGCCAUGCUGCGCCGUGCCAUGCGACUCCGUGCAGGGCCGCUCCGUGCUGCGCGGUGCCGCCGCGCCGCGGCGGAGACGUGCCACGCGCCGGGAUGCCAUGCGACGCUCCACAUUGAGUUGCGCUGCCUCUCCUGGCGUUGAGCAGAAAUCUUCCUGGGGGCGAGCAAACGCCUGCUCAGAGGUGCGCCUGUUCUUUUGGCGGCGGUCGCGGCAGCCGUGGGUCUCGGCUGGCCGCGCUGCUUAGCACCGCGGCCCAGCCGCAACCGCCAGCGCUCUCCACCGCAGCGCGCGCCGCACGCGGGCACGCCAUUGGCGCCGAUGGCAGGCGUGCCUCUGUCGGAGACUCUGCGACGAAAAAAACAUGGAGUGAAACGUGGCGAAAAUAGCGAUGCGACGCGCCAAAUCCUAUCGCUACGACAUACGGUUGGCAACGCAUCACGUCGGUCCCUGACACCCGCCCCGCCGGCCCCAAAAAUUCUAGAGCCACAUAACCU